AAAGCAAACGAGUUGGCAGCCGCGCGCGCUAUAUUACGAAGUUUCACUUUCACACAUAUUUGUUUUGGCCCCACUCGAAACUAGUCAUUAACCAAAAAUGUUGGUCUCUCGUUUGAAUCUCCUGUUGCCACGCUUAUCCUGGCUGCGAGGUUGCUCUACGAGAUUGGUGGGCCAGCAAAAGCAGCGACAGAUGCCAACGGAGUUUUCCGUACACGACCCUCUGCAAGCUCACGCACUCAAGGAGCAGUGCAUCCUGGUGGACGCAAAUGACCAGACCAUUGGGGCCGCCUCAAAGGCAGACUGCCACCGGGUGCAUCCAGAGACGAAAGAUGUUAAGCUCCAUCGAGCCUUCAGUGUUUUCCUCUUUAAUUCUCAGGGGGAGAUGCUAGUGCAAAAGCGAUCGGCUCAUAAGAUAACCUUUCCCAACACAUACACCAACGCGUGCUGCAGCCAUCCGCUAUACGAGAUUGAGCAGGAGCGCCAGGAGAGUAACGCCCUGGGCAUUCGUGUUGCUGCCCAGCGGCGACUCAACUACGAACUGGGCAUUCCUACGGAAGAACUGCAGCCUCAGGACUUUCGCUACCUGACCCGCAUCCACUACGCAGACACAGGCGACGGCGUGUGGGGCGAGCACGAGAUAGACUAUAUCCUGUUCCUGCAGAAAGACGUGACGCUUCGUCCAAAUAGCAACGAGGUCAGUGAGGUGCGCUACUUGCGGCGCGAUAAAAUCGACGAGGCGGUGGCCAAGUUUAGUGCCCCGCUGACACCCUGGUUCUCUCUGAUUCUACAGCAUCGAUUGAAACUCUGGUGGGAUAAUUUGCACCAGCUGGAGCAAUUUGAGGACUUAAGUAAUAUUCAACGCUUUUAAGUGUGCUAACCAACCAAAAAUACACGUAAUGACGUCUCAAA